CACAGCAUGCAAGAGCAACAAACCGGCCGGCCCCCGAACCCAACAGAACGGUGCCAACAACGGACAACAACAGACGGCGGCCAAACAAAUUCAGCUCUUCCUAUUAAAAUUUGUAGGUUCGACGACAUUUAGUCAGAGUUAUUAAGUACAAUUAAUAUAUUUAGUAACUGAAUUAUUGAAGAAAACAACCAUGGCACAAGCUGCUGCAGCCGCCGGUCAGAAAGAACCGACCAACAUCGUCCAUCAAAAUGCCAUACUCUGUGAAACCAUCAGGAAAGAGAAUCAAACUCAGAAGUUGUACACAAACUACAGCAUUAACCCAUUCAAGAAAAUGUACACAUUAACAGGGAAGCCCAACUCGCUACAUGAUUCAGCAGAUGGUGAAGAGGAUGAUCACUUUCUGCGCAUCAUCAAGAGGUCUUACCAGGAGCCGGUUAAAAAGUUUGAAUUUCCACAGACUGAAGCCCAAGAAAUAGGUUGGAAUCAUAGACCACUGCUUCCUCAGGACCGAGAGGAUCGCAGACUUCACUUUCCGAGACAAAACUCUGAAAUCACAAAAUACAUGGAUGAAGCUUGGAGGCAGAAGGAGCAGCAAGAAAACCUUCAAUAGUUCUUUUCUUUAAUAAAAAUGUUUUUAUUUUUAACUUUUCUUUAAUACUGAUAAUCAAUGAGUCCGGAUGGUUGAUUCAAGUACUGUGGGAUGAUAUGGGCUGGGUUGUUCCAAUGAAUUCUGGAAAUGCCAUCAAACUUGUUCCUUAAUUUCUCCUUUGCUGUCAAAAAGCAGUACCUAACUUUUCCACCGGUCUACAAUCUUACAUAAUGUAGUAAGAAUGUAACACUAUCACUUACCUAUACAGUAUAGGGGCACCACCUGGUUUGUAAAGAUUAUUAUUUUUUUUACCUUGAAGUUGUUGUCAAGCAUUUGUUUAGCAUUUUUUAAUAUAUCCUUAGUUAUAUCAAUUAUCUCAAUCGCUGAUGAAUGAUAUGUACAGUUGGCUCUUGUCAAAAAGACCACCAUAAAGAAGCGGUUCUGGUUAAAAAGAGUUUACUCUGAAGUACAGAAUCUCAUUUCUGUUUUGCUGUCCUCUUGCAAUAACGCCGUUCCAGUUGUAAAACGAUUAUUUAGCCAGUCCCAGACUGGAGUCAACAUAAUGGAUGCGUUCGUUUAGCUUCCCUGGGUCGUCCCUGCGGUACUCACUCAGGUGAGCUCCUGACAAGAGCUAAUUGAACGAUCACACUCGCCCUCUCGUGGUGACGGCAUGCACCUCA